AUGGUUAAUCAUAUCGCGAAAUCCUUCAAAAGUAAUAUUCCUCCUUGUUUGGGCGAUAUGAGGCAAUUAGAAAUUUUGGACAUAUCCCACAAUCAAUUUUUUGGAGGAAUACCCGAAGAGUUGGCCAUGAGUUACUCUUUAACGUUUCUUAGACUUUCAAACAACAACUUGAGUGGCAAAAUGUUUCCUGCAAUAUAUUGCUCACCUGUGCUGACAGGAUUCUAUUUGGAUGGCAACAACUUUGAUGGAGAGAUGCCUCAUUUUUCACCCUUCAGCUCUUCAGCGCUUCAUGCUUUAUAUUUAAGUGACAACCAUUUUUCUGGGAAGCUGCCAAUAUGGUUGUGGAAUAAUACAAGUUUGUCGAUACUGUCUUUGGCCAACAACCAAUUCGAGGGUCCCAUUCCCAUUGAAUUAUGCAAACUGGUGAAUCUUAAUUUCUUGGAUCUUUCUCAAAAUCUUCUGUCUGGUACAAUACCAUCUUGCACCAAUCUACAGGAUAUAAAGCAUGUACACUUGAGCAGGAAUAACCUAAGUGGACCACUGUCACAUGCCUUUUAUGGAAGCUCUUCAUUAGUAACAUUAGAUCUGAGAGAAAACAACAUCACCGGAAAAUUUCCUGAUUGGAUUGACACACUACCGACUCUGAGUGUCCUUCUGAUGAAAGCAAAUCAGUUCCAUGGUGAAAUUCCUGUGCAAUUGUGCAAAUUGCACACAUUAAGCAUCGUGGACCUUUCUCAGAAUAAACUUUCUGGUCCUAUACCUUCUUGUUUGAGUAAUUUAACUCUUCAGCCAAGGGGUGAAAAAUCUGAUACAAGCACUUUCAUUUUUAUGUUUCCUAUCGUUGAAGGAGUAUUCGCAGAGAUGGGGCAGAAAAUAUAUGAUCUCAUAACGGAUAAAUGGAAAGAAGAUAGUGUUUUCAACAAAGAAGCAUCAAUAAUUCAGAUUGAGAGUUUGGAUCUUUCCUACAACAGCUUAAACAGCAGAAUCCCCCCUGAACUGACUGAGUUGAACUCUCUGGAGGUAUUCACUGUUGCACACAACAACUUGUCUGGGCCUCUCCCAGAAAUGAAAUUUCAGUUUGGGACAUUCGAAGAGAGCAGUUACGAGGGAAACCCUCUUCUUUGUGGACCUCCAUUGAAAAACAGUUGUGGUGAAGGUGAUUCACCGGAAACACCAAGUGCUUCAUCUGGUGAAGAUGAAGAAGAUGCUUUCAUAGACAUGGGUGAUUUCUAUAUUAGCUUUGGGGUUUCCUAUGCAAUUAUAUUGCUGGCAACUGGCAUUGUUGCCCUGCUUCAGAAGAAACAUAUAGCCCUGUGUAUCUUCCAUGAUUCUAGAUCACUUCAAGUUCAAGGUCAGAAUGUACCUCCUCAUGCUUCUUCUUCUUCUUCUUUUACUUGUUCUUGUGCCCUGCAAGUUUUUGGUUCCGAUAUUUUGUACGAUGGGAGUGUGUCAUCUCAUACUGCAGAGUUGCAUCUGUUGAGAAAUAUGGAGGACCUCUUCAUGGAUAAUACACCUUUGGACAUCAACUUUUUGCAAAGCAUUGGCAACUUGACUUCUCUCAAAACCUUGUCUUUGUAUGAUUGCAGUGUGGCUGGCACUUUACCUUCUCAAGGUUGGUGCCACCCAAAAGGUCUCGAAGAAUUGAGUCUCAAUGGAAAUGGUCUACAGGGUGCAAUUCCUUCAUGCUUGGGUAACUUGACAUUUCUUCGCUAUUUCGAUAUCUCUAACAAUCAGUUCACAGGAAAUGUUGCCUCCACUGCUCUCACAAAUCUCACAACGCUUAAAUUCCUCUCCCUUUCAAAUAAUCAAUUUCAAGUCCCAGUGUCAUUCGAAUCAUUCGCAAACCACUCAAAUCUUCAAAUCCUUCUCAGCAAUGGGAACAAGUUAGUCGUCGAACCAACAUUUUUCCAAACUUGGUCCCCAAAAUUUCAACUUAAGGUCUUGAGUUUGUCAAAUUGCACAAUAGAAGAACAUGGGAAUCCACAACUUCCUAACUUCCUCUAUUACCAAUAUGACUUGAGAUAUGUUGAUAUUUCAUAUAACAAUUUUGGCCGAAUAAAGUUCCCAGAUUGGUUGGUAAAGAAUAAUACAAGACUAGAAGCACUUUACAUGAUGGAUAGUUCUAUUGAGGGUCAUCUUUUCUUACCAUCACACCCUAAUUAUAACAUGAUGGUACUUAACAUAUCAAACAAUAAACUACAACAUCAAAUUCCAACCAAUAUUUGCGCAGUUUUUCCAAACUUACAAGGUUUAAUCAUGUCGCGAGGUGCAUUCAAAAGUAAUAUUCCUCCCUGUUUGGGUGAUAUGAGGCAGUUAAUGAUUUUAGACAUAUCCCACAAUCAAUUUUUUGGAGGAAUACCUGAAGAGUUGACCAUGAGUUACUCUGUAAUGUUUCUUAGACUUUCAAACAACAACUUGAGUGGCAAAAUGUUUCCUGCAAUAUAUUGCUCACCUGUGCUGAGAGGAUUCUAUUUGGAUGGCAACAGCUUUGAUGGAGAGAUGCCUCAUUUUUCACCCUUUAGCCCUUCAGUGCUUCAAGCUUUAUAUUUAAGUGACAACCAUUUUUCUGGGAAGCUGCCAAUAUGGUUGUGGAAUUAUACAAGUUUGUUGACACUGUCUUUGGCCAACAACCAAUUAGAGGGUCCCAUUCCCAUUGAAUUAUGCAAACUGGUGAAUCUUAAUUUCUUGGAUCUUUCUCAAAAUCUUCUGUCUGGUACAAUACCAUCUUGCUCCAAUCUACAGGAUAUAAAGCAUGUACAUUUGAGCAGGAAUCAACUAAGUGGACCACUGUCACAUGCCUUUUAUGGAAGCUCUUCAUUAGUGACAUUAGAUCUGAGAGGAAACAACAUCACCGGAAAAAUUCCUGAUUGGAUCGACACACUACCGGCUCUGAGUGUCCUUCUGAUGAAAGCAAAUCAGUUCCAUGGUGAAAUUCCUGUGCAAUUGUGCAAAUUGCACUCAUUAAGAAUCGUGGACCUUUCUCAGAAUAAACUUUCUGGUCCUAUACCUUCUUGUUUGGGUAAUUUAACUCUUCAGCCAAGGGGUGAAAAAUCCGAUACAAGCACUUUCCCUUUUAUGUUUACUAUCGUUGAAGGAGUAUUGGCAGAGAUGGGACAGAAGAUAUAUGAUCUCACAACGGAUAAACGGGAGUAUUCUGCAAACGAAUUUCCUACAUCACGUUGGUAUCCUUUUAGCUAUGCAGAAGAAGAGAUAGUGUUUUCAACAAAGAAUGCAUCACAUAAUUUCACGGGUAAUAUUCUUGAUUACUUGUCUGGAAUUGAUCUCUCCUGCAACCAAUUGACAGGCAUAAUCCCACCUGAAUUGGGGAAUUUGAUUGAAAUCCGAGGAGUAAACUUGUCGCACAACAAUUUAACUGGACCCAUCCCCUCCACGUUCUCAAAACUCAAGCAGAUUGAGAGUUUGGAUCUUUCCUACAACAACUUAAACAGCAGAAUCCCCCCUGAACUGACUGAGUUGAACUCUCUGGAGGUAUUCACUGUUGCACACAACAACUUGUCUGGGCCUCUCCCGGAGAGGAAAUUUGAGUUUGGGACAUUCGGCGAGAGCAGCUACGAUGGAAACCCUCUUCUUUGUGGACCUCCAUUGAAAAACUGUUGUGGGGAAGGUGAUUCAGCAGAAACUCGAAGUGCUUCACCUAGUGAAGAUGAAGAAGAUGGUUUUAUAGACAUGGUUGAUUUCUACAGUAGCUUUGGGGUUUCCUAUGCAAUUAUAUUGCUGGCAACUGGCAUUAUACUCUACAUAAAUCCAUACUGGAGACGAGCAUGGCUUUAUUUCAUUGAAGAGCGGAGCACCGCUGGUUAUUUCUUCAUUGUGGACAAUCUUCGUAGAGCACUUCAAGUUCAAGGUCAGAAUUUACCUCCUCCUGCUUCUUCUUCUUCUUCUUCUUCUUGUGCCCUGAAUGGUUUAGGUUCAGGCAUUCUGUAUGAUGGGAGUGUGUCCUCUCAUGUUGGCAUUGUCUUUGAAUUUUGA